UGUUGAUAGAUGUUUUUUUUACUUCUUUUCCUUUCAUCCGGUUUGACUAUUCUACACACAAUUUACGUGUGUUAGUUUUCAUAGAUUUAUUCUAAUUAAUCCUUUCCACAAUGGUCCAGAAAAAGCCAAAGAAGAAGACUGGCAAGAGAGUUGCUGCAGCACCUCUGGCAGUAAAGAAACAAGAAGUCAAGAAAGUUGUCAACCCCUUGUUUGAAAAGAGGCCAAGAAACUUUGGCAUUGGUCAGGACAUCCAGCCCAAACGUGACCUAAGCAGAUUUGUCAGAUGGCCAAAGUAUGUCCGCAUCCAGAGACAGAAGGCCGUCCUACAGAAGCGUCUGAAAGUCCCUCCUCCAAUCAACCAGUUCACCCAAACACUUGACAAACAGACUGCUACACAACUGUUUAAAAUCCUGGAGAAGUACAGGCCCGAGACUGCCGCAGCCAAGAAGCAGAGGUUGAAGGCUAAGGCUGAGCAGAAGGUUGCCAAGAAGGAGGAGGCUCCUACCAAGAAACCUAAUGUUGUGUCUCAGGGUGCCAACUCUGUCACCAGGCUGGUAGAACAGAAGAAGGCCCAGCUAGUUGUCAUCGCUCAUGACGUUGAGCCUAUUGAGUUGGUGCUGUUCCUGCCUGCCCUCUGCCGCAAGAUGGGAGUGCCGUACUGUAUUGUCAAGGGCAAAGCUCGUCUUGGUAGACUAGUCCAUCGCAAGACUUGCACUGCAGUGGCACUGACCAACGUUGACUCCGGAGACCGCACAUCACUUACGAAGGUACUCGAGGCUGUCAAGACCAACUACAAUGACCGUUACGAGGAGAUCAAGCGACACUGGGGAGGCGGUCUGCUGGGCAGCAAAUCUGCAGCGCGUAUCGCUAAACUGGAGAAGGCCAAGGCUCGUGAAUUGGCGCAAAAACAAGGAUAAACACUGUCUCGUUUAUGUUCUCAAUAGGAUAAUAAAUGGGAUUUGUUUUUUA